AUGAAGAACACAAACGCAAAGUUAAUCACACUUGUUCUAGGGUUUCUCGUCCUCAUGAUGAUGAUGAUGAAUUUUCCUCAUGCGCUUCAAGAUGUAGCUGGAUCCAAAUACGAAGACUAUGGUCUUAUCCGAAGCGGAAGUGAGCCUCUCUUGAUGGGACGAAAGUUAAAAGGUCUAAAGCCUAUGGAGUCUGGAACAAAGAAAAGAUCAACAAAAGCCUCGAGAGAUUCAACAAAAGAAAUUGAUAAUCUAAUGAGAAGCGACUAUCCGUCACGUAUGAAAGGAAGGAAGAGGACUCCAAUACAUAAUUGAUAGCAUAUGGUCGUUAAAUAGUUUAAGAAACGUGAUUCACAAAAAAAAAAAAAAAGAAACGUAGAAGUUCACUAUAUUAGAAGAAAUGUUAAUCAGGGCUAUAUAUAAAACAUAUGUUUAGAUUUUUUCUUAUUUUUUGUUUUUGUUUUUUAUUCUUCAAACAAUGUUUUCUUAAU